CCUUCUGGACAUUCAUCUGGACACGAUAGAACUAUGGGUUAUUUACUUUACACUUUUGUCUUAGCUACAUUGGCAUUGGCUCCCGCUGUCGCGCUCCAUUGGAUAGCCCUUUCGAAGUGGCGACAGGGCUGGAACAAGACGUCGCAGUGCCUGCUAGCUAAGAAACAGCAUCUUUUGAAAGGUCGGCAAGUAUCCCUGUGUCUAAAGCACCUGGAAGUGAUGCCCCACCUGGUUGCAGCAUCGAGGGACACCACUAAUGUGUGCCUCGCUGCCUUCACAGAUAGGAGGUGGAACUGUUCCAGCAUCAAAUCCGCGCCCAACCUCACUCCAGAUCUUGUCAAAGGUACUCGUGAACAAGCAUACGUGUACGCCCUAGCAUCAGCCUCAGCAGCGCACACUAUAGCACGUGCGUGUAGUGAUGGCUCACUGGACUCGUGUGGUUGUGGUGGCGCGCCUCACGAGCCCCCACACGGAGAUUUCAAGUGGGGUGGUUGCGGGCACAAUGUCCGCCACGGUCUCAAGUUCGCAAGAAAUUUUGCGGACGCUCCCUGGCGGCAAAAAUCCGUCAGAAAAAGGGUAGAAGCCACCGUCAACAGACACAACAACCAGGCUGGAAGAAGGGCAGUUCGGAGCAGCCUGCAGACAGACUGCAAGUGUCAUGGCGUUUCUGGAUCCUGCAAUAUCAAGACUUGCUGGCGAGCCUUGCCUAGAUUGCGCGACAUCGGCGAACGUCUAAAGAGGAAGUACUCGAUUGCAACAGAGGUUGUCCAGACGCACAUCGGAUCAAGAAAGAAACUGAUGCCCGCCAAUGGCAAACUUUCCAUGUACCAGAAAAAUGAUCUCAUCUUCGUUGCCAAAUCCCCAGAUUACUGUCUGCGGGACGACAGAGUCGGUUCUGCUGGAACACAUGGCAGAUUGUGCAAUGUCACUUCGCAAGGAACCGACAGCUGCGACUCCAUGUGUUGCGGCCGAGGGUACAGGACAUUUACGAUGGAAAAAUUAGAUCGAUGUCAGUGCAAAUAUUACUGGUGCUGUUAUGUUAAGUGCAAGACGUGUCGGACCUGGGUGAAUGCACAUGAAUGCAACUAGGAUGGAAUGUCGUCAUCAGAACUGCAUGGCGACAGGACAGCAGGAACCAUUUAACAAAGAUGUGCCCAAACCUCAAAGAUUGGUGAUGUUUCCUAAGCGAAUUAUUCACGAGGACAAAGAGUAAAAAACUCACUUGAAUUCCCCGAUGUUCCUUUCUUCUGGAAUUCAAGACGGAAACUGGGAUUAUUCUACGUUCAGCAUCUCUGAAGUUCAUAUUCUUGUCGUAACAUCGUUGAUUAGAGAUCGACGAUAUAUCUAAAACAAUGUAGACGUUUUGUCAUUUGAGUAAAUUAUAGCCUAGAUGCGCUAUAGCGCAGAAAUAAUUCAGAUCUAGGAAAGCAAAUACCAUUUUUCUUCUUUCGAAAAUGUAAGUAAUAUCUUUAACAUUUGCUCUCAUCAUGCGAUCCCCGAUCCAUAUAAAACGCGCGAACAUUUUCAUCAGUUGAUUCAGUGACAGUGCCAUUUCGUGCAAUUGGAUAAUCAUACAAGAGAAUCGAGUUUCAAUAACUAUGACAAUGUGUGAAAGCUAUUUUGGUUGUCCAAAUACAAAACAAUACGUAGAAAAACUAGAAACGAUUUUAUCAUCAGGUGUAUACUUUGGGAUACUAAUAUGCUUCCACAGCAUCUAAUCAGACUGCGAACUUGGAAGCACCAGUUCUGUUCAAGUCUACGUUAUUUGAACAUCAUGCUUCUACAUGAAGAAUAGCCAUCCAAGCAAUAGCGUGCA